AUGAAGGAAAAUUUGCUGGAUGGACAAGAAUAUGAGCUUAAAAAAGUGAUUGGAAUUUCAUUUACUGCUAGUAUAGGAUCAUUUCUAUUUGGGUAUAAUAUAGGUGUUUUUAAUUCAAUGCAGCCUAAUGUCUCAGCCUCCUUGGAUUGAGGAGGAGAUGAAAAGUUAUAUAGCUCAUACCCCUUUAUAGAUUUCUUUAUCGAGCAAAAUGUACUAGAUUAUUGAACGACCAAAAAGACUCUCUCAAAGAGAUGACCUUAAUCUCUAUAUCAGGAAGUGCUAGAAAAUGCCAUGUCAAAAAAUGGUGACAAGUGUAAAAAAAGUUGACAAGUAAACGCGCAAUUUUUAAAAAAAUGAAACUAAUAUUAAGCCCCAUUUAUUAAUUAAAGAUAUAAAAUAAAAAUUUUUUUAUAUUUAAAAAUAAAAAAUUUUUAAAUUAAAAAAUAUUUUAAAAAUAUUUUUAUAUGUUUUAAAAACAAUUAAAUUUAAAAUAUUUUUUUUUGAAAAAUUAAAAAAUGCAUGACAUGAGUCAUUUGCAACUUUGCAAGUAAUCAUCAGCCUUCAAUGGGAACUUUGACUUUUAGAGUAGCAUUGAUUGUCAUCAUACUAAUACACUAAAUACAUAAAUAAUAAUCAAAAAUAUUAAAUCAAUUAUAAUUUAUAUUAUUUAUCUAUCUAUCUAUUAUCAUAAUAAAAAUAUGAUUAAUUCAUAAGACCUUUAAUAUAAGCUUUUCUAAUUAUUAAUAAAUCCUAAUCUAAUUAGAUAUCUUAAAUUUUAAAUUUAAUAAUAAACCAUUUUUAAAAUCGGCGUUUACUUGUCAACUUUUUUCACACUUGUCACCAUUUUUUGACAUGGCAUUUUCUAACACUUCCUGAUAUAGAGAUUGAGCUCAUCUCUUUGAGAGAGUCUGUUUUGGUCGUUCAAUAAUCCAGUACAUUUUGCUCGAUAAAGAAAUCUAUAAAGGGGUAUGAACUAUAUAUUUCUAUUAUUUCAACUUUGAUGCCUUUCGGAGCUCUUUUCGGAGCUAUUUAUGGAGGUCAAGCAGCAGAAAAACUGGGAAGACGUAAAUCUAUGAUUUUUUCAGAUAUUUUAGUUAUUAUAGGAUCCUUAAUUUUUAUUUUUCCAUCUACCACAACCCUUGGGGUUGGAAGAUUCUUCACUGGAUUCACUUCUGGGAUGUUUUCAGUCAUUUGUCCUGUAUAUAUCAGUGAAUUCUCGCCAACAAAAAUAAGCGGGAAAAUUGGAAGCUUAGUUCAAAUCAUGAUAAAUUUAGGGGUAUUAUUUGCAUUUGCAAUCGCAUUACUAUUACCGACAGAGGAUUUCGAUAAAAACUCAUUUAAUUGAUGGUGACUAUUCAUGCUUUCCUUGCAAGGACUCUUUGCAUUACUGCAAUUAUUGCUAUUUUUUGUUUGGCUUCGCCAUGAAACACCCUAUUGGCUACUAAAAUUCAAUAAAAAUGAAGAAGCAUUGAAGUCUUUGUAA